AUGGCAGACGUGAAAGAUCCCAAGAUCGCGGAAGCUUAUGAGAAAGUCAGAGGUGACGACGAGAUCACUUGGCUUAUACUUGAUUAUGAAAACGAUAAAUCCAACACUUUAACACUCACCGAAACUGGUACAGGAGAUUUAACAGAACUUUCUUCAAAAUUACAACCUUCCAGAGCUAGUUUCGCUUAUUCUAAAGUCAAAUAUAACAAUGAUGAACAUAGUUUCAGAGAAAAGUUUAUUUUGGUAGUCUGGAUAGGACCUGAAGUCAAAGUUAUGCGAAGGGCCAAGGUUUCGGUACAUUUGGCAGAUAUCAAACAUGUUCUUCGGGCGUAUUCUAUAGAAGUUUCAGCUUCCACUCCUGCGGAUCUCAAACAGGACGAAAUCAUUCAACGGCUGAGAAGGGCAGGAGGGGCGAAUUAUGAUCGAUCCAAGUUCGACUAG